AUGAAUUUGGGUAAAGAUGAUGUAGAAAUUGCAAUGGAUUUCAUAAAUAAACAUGCCAAAAGUCUUGGCUUGGAUACUUCUAAAAUUGCCAAUGAUAUUGCACAAUAUAUUGGCAAGUGUUCCAUUUGGUCAUCACAAGAAAUAUGGGAUGCUGCAAAAACACUAGAUCCUGUCACCUGGUGGAAAGGUUUUUGUUCAAUGAGAGAGCUGACAAAGCUUGCAAUAAUUUAUCUCAAUUUUCCUUGUACAUCAGCUGCAUGUGAACGUAACUGGAAAGAUUUCAGCAAUAUUAAAACAAAACAUCGCAAUCUUUUGACAAACACUCGUACUAUAAAACUUGUAUCAGUAAAAUACAAUUUAUCUCUUCUUGCACCAGAUCCAUCAAAAAACAAAAAACAAUUUAUCGAGGAAGAAGAAUUUGAACCAAUAACUUUGAUUGAUGCUGAUGAUGAAGAUUCUGAUGAUGAAGCAGAUGAUUAUGGAGAUUGUCCUUCAUUUGAUGAACUUUUUUAA